UCUGUGUAGUCAAGCCGUUGUAUCCUGAUAGACAACACCACAAAGUCACAGACUAGCUAAAAUGACCGAAGAAAAUAAGCAUUUCCACGAAUUCGGCUACCCAGAUGAACGAUUCGAAACAGUUGUAAGCGAGAACCUACACUGUGCCAUUUGUUCGUGCGUGUUCAAGGAUCCAGUUAUGUGCAAAAACGAGCAUUGUUUUUGUCGAGGUUGUAUCACCAAGCAUCUUCACUAUUACCACACUUGCCCUUCCUGUAAUCAAGAUCUAACCGUGGAAUCACUAGCAGACGUACCGCGUAUUCUAAGGAAUUUAUUAUCGGAACAAAGAAUUCGAUGUGAUCAUCACGAGCGUGGGUGUGAGGAGAUCGUUCAGCUUGGAAACUUGGCAAGUCAUGUCGCUGUGUGUGGUAAGGCUCCAGUUGUUUGCGCGAAUGAAGAAUGUUCAAGCGAGAUCAACAGAGAGGAUCAGUUUCGACACCAGGGCGAGGAAUGUCGAUUUCGUAAAGUGAAAUGUCAAAAUUGUGAAGAGAUGGGCCCUGUGGUUAAAAAAAUCAGCACAAGUUUGGGUGGUCUUGUUGAGAAAUUAAAUACGAGCGUCGACGAAAUGAAAACCGGUUUGACAGCACUGGAAAAUAGGUUUGAAGGAAUGGAAAAUUCUCGUAGUGAUCAAGCUAGUGCAGAAGAUCGAAGCAGCGAUGUUAAAGAUGCCAAACAUCCCAAUGGAUAUGCAUAUGUUGUUGCUGGUGGGUAUAAUCAAAACAACAGGUCACUAAAUUCUGUCGAAGUCUUUGAUAAAACCACAAAUUCGUGGAUACAGAUGAAAUCAAUGAAAAAACACCGUGCCAAUGCGAGUUCUGUUGUUUACAAUGGCGAUACAGUCCUUGUCACAGGGGGUAUCUCAGGCGAUAGCCAUGUCGUGAGCAGCAUGGAACAGUUUAGUCGUAAUGCUAGUCCAUUUGUCCCACCUUCUUGGUCUAACCUUUCAGUCAAUUUGCCCAGGCCGUUGAGAGGACAUCGCACUGUACUGUAUAAUGAUCGACUUAUUGUUCUAGGCGGUUAUGAUGAGGAUUAUUCUGGUUCGGAUAUGAUUUACGAAAUCCAACUACAUUUCCCUUUCACUACAAAGGUUUUGGCUAAGCUUUCAAGAGCCAUUACAGGCUGUGGUGUUGUUUUGGUCAAUGACAAAAUUUUGAUGUUUGGAGGUGCAACCAGUUCGAGUGUCACCAUGUAUGACAUAACCAAGAACGAGUUCAAGGAACUUGCACCGUUACCUUAUGCAGUGUGCAACAUGGCAACUGCCAAGUAUGGAGAAAAUGUCAUUCUAGCUGCUGGUGGUACUCAUCAAUAUGAUAAUAGAAACACAGUCGUGAGUUAUAAUAUCGAGACAGAAGAGAACACUGAGCUACCACCAAUGAAGCACAACCGUUGGGAAUGUUGUGCAGUUGUCGAUGGAAACUCGUUGGUAGUUAUGGGAGGACAAGGCCCGAAAGGAACUGUAAGCUCAGUGGAAGCAUUUGAUUUUAAAACGUCUAAAUGGAAUGAUCUUCCUUCAAUGAUGGAAGCGAGGAGGGGAUUUAUUGCAGAGAUUGUGUAA